CGCUCUCUUAGUCUUAGACUUUUCUUGUAGAACUCGAUGCAUUACAGAAGCUUAUGAGAAUUGUACUUCUCAAUGUUUGCAAUUGUGUGAUGUCCGUUGUUCGCCGCUGAAGCCGAGCUCGGCCUAGUCAGUCAAGGGGGCGCCAUGGCACCCCUCGCUGCCAAGUCCACACUCUAUGUCAAUUGGAAGAAGGACGUGCUGCAUUUGCUGCAGGAUGACAAAUGGGAGGCAAAAUAUGAGUUGAUUUCCAUCAUCCCGAAGAUCAGCACAGAAUCGUAUGUGGACUUGGUGCAAGGACGUUUCGGGCCCUUCCGCGCGCACGUGCCGAUGAAGCUCCCUUUGUGGGCCGCCUUGGAGAUGGAAGAGCAUCAGAUGUGCAGCAUCGAAUUGCCCCCAUGGAUGGAGGAAGAUCAGCUGAAGGCACUGUGCACCGAGGAGAAGGCCAACCGGAACGGCUUCACUCCGCUGCCAAGGCACUACAUGGAGAUUGCCUUUGCCUUGCUGCCUCUUCCAAAGGUCUUUGGAGGAAAAGAGAAGUACCGGCAACGGAUCGUCUUGUUGCUGCGCGAGCUCAUCGAACUGAGAAGGAGCAAGAUUUUGGAGGGCAUCAAGCUGUUUGAUUCCUCCGGCGGCGAGUUCAACGUGACCAACAUGAGCGCGGCUGAGUUGAGCUGCUUCCGCACCCGGUCGUUGUGUUUUUUGGACUCUUUGAGCGACCUUCUUCGGAACCGGCAAUUGGAGGUCAGUGCCGAUGUGGAGAUGCCCGUCGCAGAGCCCAUGGACGAGGAUAGCAGCAGCCGGCCCUUCUGAACGGAGCGCAGCAGAGCAUAGAGCUGAGGCCAAAGAGGGCCAAGGCUGAGAACAUGCAGAAAGCCUUUCAAAGCAAACAGCAGGUAGGGCCAAUCAGUUGUGCA